AUGGACCACAGUCCGGACGGGUCCGAAACCACAAUAUCAUACCCACAAAGGCUAGUCACGCUCAAGCCGCUGUACCACCUUGAUUUUUCCGCGGCUCCCAGCGCGGCCCCAAGCCCGAUCAAGCCCGUUCUGCUCAAUGAGAUUCUGGAUGUCUCCACACAACAGGCAUUGAUCAUCAAAGACUUGCUUUUUGCCUUGCUAGGGUAUGAGGGCCACUAUGUGAGGUACAGCGAGCGGUUCCAGGCCUCGCUUGUCCUGAACCGGAUCCGCGGCCCCGAUUUCAGGGUGGCUGCUCCACUCGAUAUCAGCUUGAAGGCAGUCGCCAAAAAACUCCUCCGAUACGGCAAGUACUACCUGGGGCUCCGGGCGUUUGCCCAGAUCUACGAUAUGCAACAUUUCGGGAGAGUCAACCAGCGGCUAUGCCGAGAAAUUGCCCGAUGCCUUGCGCACUUUCGCCAGCUUGUAUUGUCGUUUGAAGAUGCGUUCUACCUAAACCCCCACUUAUCUCUAUCAGCUAUGGACAAUGAGAUCCACAGCUCCUGCGCAGAUGCCUUGAAGCACUUGUACGAAAUUGCAUGUGCGGUGCACACAGAGACGGAGGCCCGCAACCCUCGGUUCAAAACCGCAACGGAUCCUCGGUUCGACACAUUCUUGAGCCUGAUCAGAUCCGAUAUUAAUCUAGGCACCAGCGUCUCCUCGGAUCCCAACGCCUUUGAUGUUUGCAAAGGCGGGUUGGUGCUUAAGAUUGUGGAGAGCCGGAGUGUCCUAUACGAGGGCGACAUGAAGGCAUGUGCUUUUCUUUCUGUGUUGUUCGAGGCGAUAAGCGUCGACUACGUGUCGCUUCUCAACACGUGGCUUGCCGAGGGGGAGUUGAGUGACCUUUUUCUGGAGUUCCUCGUCAAGAAAAACGACCUCCCCAAGAACAUAUUCUACUCCAAUGUGGAGCGGUAUUGGGAAGAGCUUUAUGUGAUCAAGGUAGACGGGCUUAUUGGCCAGUUUCUAGACAGAGAAGUGCAGGCUAAAGUUCUUGCCACGGGCAAGUUCUUGAACAUAUUCAAGCGGUGCAUUGGCAGUGCCUCGUUGCAGGAUUUUCCUGACGACAUUUCCAAUGUUGCAUGUCCGGAGAAGAUCACCAGUUUGUGUGCCCAGGAUCUCAACCUCAAAAUUGUCCAGUUCUACGAUCGGGCCAACAACCUCUUAUUGAAAUUGCUCUUCCGCGGAUACCAUUUCAGCGACAUGCUCUCGUGCCUCCACGAAACUUACCUUUUGUGCGAGUCGUCCAAAACCGAUACGUUUCUUGACAAGGCAAUCCACGACUUGAGCAGAAAUAAGAGAAAGGUUUCCACAGUGACACUCAUUGAUACUUUCAACGGCGUGUUCAGUUUGGGAGACCCAAAGCAGCGACAUUCCAAAAUCAACCAGGGACCAAUGACUACCCGAUCAAGCAUAUCCAGUCUUCUCCGGACAUUCCAGAACUUCAGCAUUGACUCCAAUAAUUUCUACGAUCUCUCGGAGGAGAUCAUCAGCAUCCGGUCGUUUGAUGCCGCAGACGCGGUAACUGGCGACGAACAGGCAUCCAGUGCCAUCAAAAAACUCGUGAGCCAGUCUCUACGCCAACAAACUAUUGCGCUGGCAUCCGAACAGUCAUCUGGGGAUGAGCCAGACAAAAGCAGUGUCAUUGCGGCCGUCAACAUUGAUUGCGAAUUGCCGUUUCCGAUAAACUUGAUGAUCAGCGAAAAUCUCAUUUUCGAGUUCCAGCUAAUCUUCAAGCUCCAGAUGAUCAUCAGGUAUGCAAGCAAGCUCAUCGACUCGUCGUGGCGGGAUGUGAUGUAUUCCACAGUGUGGAACUACAAACACUUUUCUGAGCCGUUGAGAAAGCUCAUUUUGCGCAGCCGCGUGUUGAUAUUCCGCAUGAAGAGCUUCGUGACCGAGCUCCAAAACUACGUGGACCACUUUGUCAUUGAGGCGAGUUUUGGUGAAUUGAAGGCCACCGUGAACCAGUACACAGCAUCGCUUGAAAAGCCAAGGCCGGCAUCGCGAGCCCCCAGAUCAAGCUCGCCGUUCAAGGACGGAGGCCAGCCACUCACGAAGCACGCAAACAAGAACAAUAGCAUCUUCGACGAGAAAAUCAAAAUCACGCUGAACCAGCAAGCCUCGGGCGGCAAGUUUGGGCCGGACGCACCGCAUGUGGAUGUUCACGGAUUGAACCAAAGCAUCGGCACGUACCUCAGCAACAUCUUGCGCGACUCCAUGAUCACCAACAGUCAAUUGCUAGGGCAUAUACGUGUGUCCUUGGGGUUGGUGACGGAGUUCACCGGCAUCACCAGCAGACUCAAAAAGACAUUUAUUCUGACGGACGCGGCUUUGCUUGAGGCAUUUGCACGCGACUACCCGGGGAGGUUUGACAACGUCGAGUUCAACGAAGAGGCCGUGAAGAACCGAAUUGCGGGGCUCAACAACGUGAUCACAAAGUUCUGGAUGGAAUUCAAUCUGUCCUUGCAGCAGUUCACGCAGGACCUACGAUCCGCCAGCACAGAGAACGCGUCGUUCGGCACGCUCAAGGACAAGUUGGCGGUUCUCUAG